GGAGAGCGGCGCGCGCGGCAGCCCCGCGGCAGCAGAGCGCCAAGCCGGGAGCGCGGGGAGCGCGGGCCGGCGGCGGCGAGGGAGGACUGGGGCGCAGACGGCCGGCGCGCGGCGCGGCUACCAUGGGCGUGCAGUGAGCGGCCGCUCAGGACGACUUCCUUGGCUGCGCGGCGCUCGCGCGUAGCUCCCUGGCUGGCGGUGCGUCCCCUCGGUCACCAUGAAAGACGACUUCGCAGAGGAGGAGGAGGUGCAAUCCUUCGGUUACAAGCGGUUUGGUAUUCAGGAAGGAACACAAUGUACCAAAUGUAAAAAUAACUGGGCGCUGAAGUUCUCUAUCAUAUUAUUAUACAUUUUGUGUGCCUUGCUAACAAUCACAGUAGCCAUUUUGGGAUAUAAAGUUGUAGAGAAAAUGGACAAUGUCACAGGCGGCAUGGAGACAUCUCGCCAAACCUAUGAUGACAAGCUCACAGCAGUGGAAAGUGACCUGAAAAAAUUAGGUGACCAAACUGGGAAGAAAGCUAUCAGCACCAACUCAGAACUCUCCACCUUCAGAUCAGACAUUCUAGAUCUCCGUCAGCAACUUCGUGAGAUUACAGAAAAAACCAGCAAGAACAAGGAUACGCUGGAGAAGUUACAGGCGAGCGGGGAUGCACUGCUGGACAGGCAGAGUCAACUGAAAGAAACUUUGGAGAAUAAUUCUUUCCUCAUCACCACUGUGAACAAAACCCUCCAGGCGUAUAAUGGCUAUGUCACGAAUCUGCAGCAAGAUACCAGCGUGCUCCAGGGCAACCUGCAGAGCCAAAUGUAUUCUCAUAACGUGGUCAUCAUGAACCUCAACAACCUGAACCUGACCCAGGUACAGCAGAGGAACCUCAUCACGAAUCUGCAGCGGUCUGUGGAUGACACAAGCCAGGCUAUCCAGCGAAUCAAGAACGACUUUCAAAAUCUGCAGCAGGUUUUUCUUCAAGCCAAGAAGGACACGGAUUGGCUGAAGGAGAAAGUGCAGAGCUUGCAGACGCUGGCUGCCAACAACUCUGCUUUGGCCAAAGCCAACAAUGACACCCUGGAGGAUAUGAACAGCCAGCUCAACUCAUUCACAGGUCAGAUGGAGAACAUCACCACUAUCUCUCAAGCCAAUGAGCAGAACCUGAAAGACCUGCAGGACUUACACAAGGAUGCAGAGAACAGAACAGCCAUCAAGUUCAACCAACUGGAGGAACGCUUCCAGCUCUUUGAGACAGAUAUUGUGAACAUCAUUAGCAACAUCAGUUACACAGCCCACCACCUGCGGACGCUGACCAGCAAUCUAAAUGAAGUCAGGACCACUUGCACAGAUACCCUAACCAAACACACGGAUGAUCUGACCUCCUUGAAUAAUACCCUGGCCAACAUCCGUUUGGAUUCUGUUUCUCUCAGGAUGCAACAAGAUUUGAUGAGGUCGAGGUUAGACACUGAAGUAGCCAACUUAUCAGUGAUUAUGGAAGAAAUGAAGCUAGUAGACUCUAAGCAUGGUCAGCUCAUCAAGAAUUUUACAAUACUGCAAGGUCCACCGGGCCCCAGGGGUCCAAAAGGUGACAGAGGAUCCCAGGGACCCCCUGGUCCAACUGGCAACAAGGGACAGAAAGGAGAGAAGGGGGAGCCUGGAGCGCCUGGCCCUGCGGGUGAGAGAGGCCCAGUUGGACCCGCAGGUCCCCCCGGAGAGCGUGGCGGCAAAGGAUCUAAGGGCUCCCAGGGCCCCAAAGGUUCCCGCGGUUCCCCCGGGAAGCCCGGCCCUCAGGGCCCCAGUGGGGACCCAGGCCCCCCAGGCCCUCCAGGCAAAGAAGGACUCCCUGGCCCCCAGGGCCCUCCUGGCUUCCAGGGACUGCAGGGCACUGUGGGGGAGCCUGGGGUUCCUGGACCUCGGGGACUGCCAGGCUUGCCUGGGGUACCAGGCAUGCCAGGCCCCAAGGGCCCCCCCGGCCCUCCCGGCCCAUCAGGAGCAGUGGUGCCCCUGGCCCUGCAGAAUGAACCAACCCCGGCACCAGAGGACAAUGGCUGCCCGCCUCACUGGAAGAACUUCACAGACAAAUGCUACUAUUUUUCGAUUGAGAAAGAAAUUUUUGAGGAAGCAAAGCUUUUCUGUGAAGACAAGUCUUCCCAUCUCGUUUUCAUAAACACUAGGGAGGAACAGCAAUGGAUAAAAAAACAGAUGGUAGGGAGAGAGAGCCACUGGAUCGGCCUCACAGACUCAGAGCAUGAAAAUGAAUGGAAGUGGCUGGAUGGGACAUCUCCAGACUACAAAAAUUGGAAAGCUGGACAGCCGGAUAACUGGGGUCAUGGCCACGGGCCAGGAGAAGACUGUGCUGGCUUGAUUUAUGCUGGGCAGUGGAACGAUUUCCAAUGUGAAGACGUCAAUAACUUCAUUUGCGAAAAAGACAGAGAGACAGUACUGUCAUCUGCAUUAUAAUGGACUGUGAUGGAAUCACAUGAGCAAAUUUUCAGCUCUCAAAGGCAAAGGACACUCCUUUCUAAUUGCAUCACCUUCUCAUCAGAUUGAAAAAAAAAGCACUGAAAACCAAUUACUGAAAAAAAAUUGACAGCUAGUGUUUUACCAUCCAUCAUUACCCAAAGACUUGGGAACUAAAAUGUUCCCCAGGGUGAUAUGCUGAAAUUCAUUGUGCACAUGGACUGAAUCACAUAGAUUUUCCUCCGUCAGUAACCAUGCAAUUAUUCAAAUUAUAUCUUCCGAAGUAUGGAACACUACAAUCAGAAAAAGGCUAUCAUUGAUUGUUGAGUUAUAGGAAGAACUUAAGCAUAUACUGUGUAAACAGUACCAUACGUUUCUAAAAAUCCCAAGUGUAGGAAAAAUAUGCAGACAUACAGAUAUAUAGGCCAACUCUUAGUAAUAAUAUGAAAUAUACUUAAAGAGCUUUUAAAACUUUGUAUUUUUGUACAAAAUAUUUGCCUUUUACAAUUUUUUUCCUUUUUUUUUUUUUUUUUGUCAUUUUACCGACAUAAUACAUGGAGCCAAAGAAAACAAUAAUGGUACUAAUAAAAACUCCUAGGGUUUCCUGUCAGAUUUAAUUCUACCCAGUGGCAAAGAAUUUUUUCAAUUGUGGUUUUAAAAAAAUAAUUAAAUAUACAUGUAUAUAUAUAUAU